AUGAUGUCAGGGCGGGCGGGCCGCCAUGGUGCCCGGGCGCUGAGGGUGGCGGCACGGCCCGGUCCGGCUCGGCACGGCUCGACCCGACCCGGCACCAUGUCGGGGCCGAGCGCCGUGUCGGAUCCCCAGCACCCUGCUCGGUUACUGCGGGCCCUCAGCUCGUUCCGCGAGGAGAGCCGCUUCUGCGACGCGCACCUGGUGCUGGAGGGCGAGGAGAUCCCGGUGCAGAAGAACAUCCUGGCGGCCGCCAGCCCCUACAUCAGAACAAAGUUGAAUUACAAUCCUCCUAAGGACGAUGGCUCAACGUAUAAGAUUGAACUUGAAGGGAUAUCUGUUGAUAUCAUGAAAGAGAUACUAGAUUACAUCUUCAGCGGCCAGAUCAGGCUAAAUGAAGAAACAAUCCAAGAUGUGGUACAGGCAGCUGAUCUCCUGUUGCUUACAGACUUAAAAACUCUCUGCUGUGAGUUUUUAGAAGGUUGCAUAGCUGCUGAGAACUGUAUCGGUAUUCGGGACUUUGCACUGCACUAUUGUUUGCAUCAUGUUCACUACCUUGCCUCAGAGUAUCUGGAAACUCAUUUUCGAGAUGUCAGCAGCACGGAGGAAUUCUUGGAACUGACUCCUCAAAAACUGAAAGAAGUACUGUCGAUGGAAAAGCUCAAUGUUGGAAACGAAAGAUACGUCUUUGAAGCGGUUAUUAGGUGGAUUUCUCAUGAUUCAGAAUCAAGAAAGGUUCACAUGAAGGAUGUCAUGUCAGCAGUGUGGGUGUCAGGCCUGGAUGCAGCAUACUUACGGGAGCAGAUGAUGAGCGAACCGCUGGUACGGGAGAUUGUCAAAGAAUGCAACAAUAUUCCACUCACGCCACCGCAGCAGGGAGAGGCGAUGCUGGCCUCCUUCAAGCCCCGGGGCUACUCUGAGUGUAUCGUGACUGUUGGUGGAGAAGAAAGAGUGUCACGGAAACCAACCUCAGUGAUGCGGUGCAUGUGUCCUCUUUAUGACCCCAAUAGGCAGCUCUGGAUUGAACUUGCUCCUAUGAGUAUUCCAAGGAUCAAUCAUGGAGUAUUGUCAGCAGAAGGAUUUUUAUUUGUGCUUGGUGGUCAAGAUGAAAACAAAGGAACGCUAAGCUCUGGAGAGAAAUACGAUCCAGAUACCAAUUCAUGGAGUUCCUUGCCACCGAUGAAUGAGGCACGACAUAAUUUUGGUGUGGUAGAGAUUGAUGGAAUUCUGUAUAUUCUGGGAGGUGAGGAUGGUGAAAGGGAGCUAAUCUCUAUGGAGAGCUACGAUAUUUAUAGCCGUACCUGGACCAAGCAGCCAGACUUGACUAUGGUUAGAAAGAUUGGCUGCUAUGCAGCUAUGAAGAAGAAAAUCUAUGCAAUGGGUGGAGGCUCCUAUGGAAAGCUCUUUGAAUCUGUUGAGUGUUAUGACCCUAGGACUCAGCAGUGGACAGCAAUCUGUCCUCUGAAAGAAAGAAGAUUUGGGGCAGUGGCCUGCGGAGUUGCCUCUGAGCUUUAUGUAUUUGGCGGGGUCAGGAGUCGUGAUGACAGUCAAGCCAGCGAGAUGGUGACAUGCAAAUCUGAAUUUUAUCAUGAUGAGUUUAAAAGGUGGAUUUAUCUAAAUGACCAGAACCUAUGUAUCCCAACUAGUUCUUCUUUCGUGUAUGGAGCCGUGCCCAUUGGAGCCAGCAUUUACGUGAUUGGAGAUCUUGAUACAGGUACAAAUUAUGACUAUGUUAGAGAAUUUAAAAGAAGCACGGGAACCUGGCAGCGCACUAAGCCACUCUUUCCAUCGGACCUUCGCCGUACUGGCUGUGCAGCUUUGCGGAUCGCAAACUGCAAGCUCUUCCGACUGCAGCUUCAGCAGGGAUUAUUCCGCAUUCGUGUACCUUCUCCGUGAUCUGUGUGCUGGCAGUGGAGGAGACUGGAAGAAUUCUGCGCAGUCCACCAUAAUAUAGCUCUAUAUAAAGGAAAAGCUGAGAAAUUACAACUGAAACUUACACUGUAUGCUGUGCUUUGGUAUGGUAACUGUUUUUGUUUUAAAUGCUUAAAAAGCUUGAGUCUCAGUUCUUGUUUUGGGGACAAAUAACUUACGUAUACAUUAAAAAGAAGAGGGGGGAAAAAACGGGAAUCAAGGAAACACCUUCAGUCGUAACCGUUUGGACUUUAAAGCGUGUUAUUGAAGGAGGUUUGCUGUGUCUGGAACUGGUGGGAAUUGGUAUUCCUUUGGCAAAGGUUAUUGAAAAGCAAAAAAGAUCUAAGGUGCGUUUCCCCUGAGGGGAACUGAUAAGAAUAAAUGUGCUAUCUCGGACUGGAUAGCUAUAAUACGCAGAAGCUAUAUGAAAACCAACCUCCCUGGUAUACUGCAAAGACUGUUGUUUGACUGUAACGCCGCCGGAGACGUUGGUUGUUGCACCUUUUACUUCUAGUCCUUCCUCAAAAGUUAAGGUCUGUGCCUAAAAAUGGUGGAGGUGUGUACAUACGUUUUUCAUUCAUUUGCAAUGUUUUCAUUCCUAAAAAUAUUUUUAAUAUAUUUAAAAUGGACUAAUCUAAAACAGAUACAGUAUACUACAGAGAAGUGAACUGUUUUUUCUAUGCUGUCAUUUGAAUAGCCUGGUGAACUGGUGUACAGAUGGGCGGCAUGUGUUCCUGCAUGGAUUUUAGAGGCUGUUUUCUUGAAGUAAAGGGAAGUGGCGUUUGGAACGGUUCAUGACAAUUGCUGCUCUCAGUAAAAGACAACAAAACUUGAGAAAUUAAAGAAAAUAGGUUAUGUUCCUGUUUACUUCAGAUCACGUGAAAACUAGGAGAAUGUUUUUUAAGAUUGAGGAUUAUAGAAGGAUGCAUUUUAUCUCUAUUGGAACAAAGGUAAAAUGUGACAAGGAUAUAUUUGUUUCACAGAAAAGAGGAUUUUUUUUUUUUGACUAUCAGUUAAGGAAAAUUGGUAUAGCUAUUUUGAAUUGGGAUCAAAAGUUGGUUUACUAAUAAUUUCCAUGCUAGGGUACAAAGUCUCGUUUCCUGCUGUUUGACUUUGAAAGCUGGGUUUUAUGGUGUGGUUAUAGUGAAGAAUUCGGUAUCUUGCAUUUUACUUCUUAGUAAGUCUUGUUCACAUCGGUAGUGAUAUUUAACUGACUUUUGUUCGUAGUAAAAAUCAGCUGGUAGAACACUUUACCUCACUUUUUAAAGUCACUGUUGUUUGUGAUGGGUGGGAUGUAAUCUAUAUUUAUUUAAAAGGAAUAAAGCGAGAGAGGUGGAAGUAGAAAUGAGGCUUCCUGCCCUUCAGAAAAAGUUUUUGUAUAACCAGUAUUAUAACUACGUAAAAUACUUUCCGCUCUGCAAUUUUGUGGACCUCAGACAAGCCAAUCUCUGCCCUCAGUUGUGUUAGUGUAAACCUGUGUCAUUUGUGUUGAAUCAUCUUAGGUCUGCUGAAGAACAACCCCAGACUAGUACAAUAGUUAUAUUUAACUAAAUGUUCCUCGAAGAGACAUUCUGAAACUUACUCCUGCUCAGUCCUUCCACAGUGCUGAUGUGUAGCUGGAAUUACUCCGAUUCUGAGAGAAGGGGUGAAAAUAAAUCAACAAGAGAGGGCAGCAGUCAAUCCCUUGACAAUUAUUUAUUUUUUUUAUUUUUUACAAUGCUGAAGUGCUGCAAAACUUGAAUUACAUACAUCAAUUUUCUGACCUAUAUUAGUUGGCGUAUUAAAACGUUUAUAUAUUUAUGCAUUGCAGUAGACUUGGUGUGUAUAUAUAUAUGUCUUUAGAUUUUAAAUUUAUAUAAAUGCUUUACUACAGAAAUGUGAACCACUAUUUCCAUCGUCAGCUGUCUUGUGAAAUAAAUCAAGUGCUGUUAGCUUAUCUGUAAAACUUCCUUGUCAAAAAAAUUUACGUUACUUUUUCCUUAGACAAAGUGCCGAGAUCCUAUAUCCAAAAGUGAUGAGAUUGAAUGUUUCUAAGCAUCUGUUUCACUUUUGAACUUAGUUUUUCUAAGUGGCUUAGAAAACUCUCAAAAAUGUUAUUUAGACUAGUGCAGGCUGCUAUCUCUUGAGUCCCUAGCUCCCUAGUACACAUGUGGGCAUUUAGUGUCCAGAAAACCUAAGUAAUAAAUGCACAUAAUAAAUCCAAAUCAUAUAUACAUUAGCAGUGUUUUGCAGUUAUGAAACAAAGUUAUGAACAAAAUGUUUACACUUACAGUAGGAUUACAGUAGGUAUUCUUUCCUUUUUUUUAAGUGUAGAUAAAGCAAGCAAUUCCGCUGGUAACCAGAAUGUGUUAUAAAUGCACUCCGUUACUCAGCUAGAUUUGACCAAGAAGCUCAAGUCUCCUCACCUGAAAAAGUUACAAACUUAAUUUCUUAGCACGUUGCUUUCUCCGAGGUUGGAGGUCAGGGACCAAGCCUCUAGAGAUGCUGUCACCUUGAGCUUCAUGUGCAGAUACAAGUCAAAGAUUUGGGCGCUCCUCUGAUCUCCAAUCUGGCUUCCUUGGCUUUGCUUCAAGCAGGGUGAACAAGAUUUGUGUUGCAUUGGUGAGCUGAGAGCUGGUGGGCGCACGGGGCUUGGCGCGGAGGAGGGUGGGGUGAAGCAGUAGGGCAGCAAGGGGAAGCCACCCCUUUGGCAAGACCCCUUCGUCUUUCAGGGUCUGUCCAGCUCUAAUCUGCGAGCUCGGUGAUGAAUGCCUCUCUUGGCAUGUGAGAUCCCUGCCUGGUUUGGAGCUGGGCUUCAAAGCUCAGGCUCUCCUUUUCCCCAGGAGAGCUCUGUUGCACAGGUGGUGGUGUCUGAGGUGGGUAGCUGGUCUCGGUGCGAGGUGGAAGGUGGUUUGCUUUGGUAGAGGAUUUGAUUCCAGAGGUGCCGAGCAGAGGGAGUUGACCAGCCUCCCAAGUGUGCAGGGUGUUGGACUGGGUUUGACACUGCUGCCCAGCUAUCCCUGCUUUCCUGGCAGCUGCGUACCCCACGUGUGAUGGCCGAUCCAUGCGUGAAGCAACUCCUGAACUUUCUCAGUUUGCAAUCCAGGGGUUUUCAGAUGUUUUGGCAGUUUAGAAACUUGGUUAAGGAGCCCUUGCUUGGCAUGGUAGCCUUGCUAGCCGCUCCAACUUAAUUCCUUCCAGCUCGCGAAUCAGCACUCUUAAAUCCAGCCAGUUCCUUCACAGAUUACUUCUUGAAUGUUUUUCUUAACCAGCAGCCUGUGCUGCUGGCUGGUUUCUGGGGAUCAGAUUUGUAGGCACCCUUUUUCCCAGUUUCUCGAGGCCAAUGUCAGUAAGGCAGAAGGGUGCCGCUGACAUGGUGCCCAGCACACCUUGCAGCGGGGCUGCGUCCUUGGGGUGCUGCUUUCAGGUUGCCACGUCUGGAGGAGGGCCCAGACAAGGGCUGGGUCAUGGUGCAGGUGUGAGUGGCUUGGUCCUGGCUCUGUGUCCUUUCCUCUCCCCUGCUGCAGAAUUGGACAAACCCAAGGACUUGUAAUCAGAAAAUCCCCAAUUAUGGGGUGGAGGUUGUAGAAGAUGGGAAUAGCAGUGGUUUUUCUUCCCGUCACUGCAGCUCCCACCACAAUUUCCCCCUAAAAGUUUUUUUCUUCCUUUUCUCCAUGUACGACAGAUUGGUUUUGGAAGGGCUCUGGAACUGCUGACCUAAGGGUAAAGCACAACGGUUGGACUGCACAAGUGGAAAAAAGAGAGAACACUAUAAACACGAGGCUUCGGCCUAAGAGCCCUGCAGAGGUGAGGGAGGCGUGCAGCAGGCAUGCUUCCUCUUCCUCACCUGGCCUCUGUCGAGCCACUCGUGCUCCUAAAUAGGCAUCACUGGAUUCCAAAUUCUCCUUCCCUUUCUAACCUGAGAAAGGGAUGUCCUGAAGAGUCUUCUGUUGUACUACAGCAAGGUCGGUCUGUCUGUCUUCAAGUAGUUUGUCAGCUAUUCCUAGAGUUUUAGAUUUUUGAAAAUGCUGUACCGACUCAGCUGUUCCUGGUCACUUGAUUUUCGGUAGCUUUGAGGUACCUCAUCUGUGAAUUGAACCCAAAUUAAUAUGUAAUUAAACAAAAGGACAGUAGUGAAUCUGAAAAUAAAGGCAAUUUUACAAGCCAGCUCACUAAUAACUGUGGGCAGGUCACAGCCAUUUUGAUUUUGACAGCACAAGACUUGCAAGUCGCAGUCUGCCUUCUGAUUCAGAAUUCUUGCUCAAAAUAUGUUUGAAAAAUAUGUGUUUUCAUUAAAGCUACCAAAGUGCCUGGCUUUGUUCUUUAUCAACUCUCCUUCCAGAAAGCAUCAGGCAGCUUAAUUUCUUUUUUUUUUUUUUCUCUCCAGUAUUUCUUGUACCUGCAUGACUUGGUAAAUGCAAAAGUGUAAAAAUUGAGGGGUUUAGGGAAUGUUUUCCCUGCUUUGACUGCAGUUUCUCUGGUCAGCUCGAUAAAUACAGUGUCUGUACAGCCUGCUUGGUUUUUGGUAAUGUGCAUUUGCCAUGCAAAGUGCAGUAUGCAAUAACAAACAGAAGUUGUUCCAAGUGCCAAACUUUUGGUUUCCUCUGUAUAUAACAAUAAUUCAACUCUUCUGUUAAAAUACAGAGAUGCUUAAAAUUCACUGUGUUCAAAAAAAGAGUAGUGAUUCUUUUUUUUUUUUAAUGAAUGUUACUUAAAACACUGUAAAUCUUUAAUUCUUGUGUAAUACUGUUCUGCAGAUUUGUGUUACUCUUCACAGCUGCCUUGUGCCAUCACUCCAUGUGAUGCAUGUGGACACUCUGCUCUUUAUUAGAGCACUAGUGCCAUGCAAGUAUAUAAUGAAUGGCAGCUGACAAUAGGUUUUAAUAUAUAAAAUUAUACAUAUUUAUCUAAAGUACAAUUUGUUUGAAUUAAUCUUAUCUGCAGAAGGAAAGUUGUGUCCCAGAAAAUGUGAAUAUAAACAGGGACGCAGGCAAUUUAAAAUCUGAAGGUUUUGGUUAAGGUAUGUUUUUGUGCCACUCAGAGUGAUACUUCCCAAGGUUUUAUUUGCUGUAGAGUAUGGAUCCUUUCUGCCUCUAAUGUAAGCAUCAAGGUUUUGGGGGUUGUGUUCUCCUAACUCUUUGGAGUAAUUAAACAGCUUUUUCAGGUGCUGUGUUAAACAUGUACAUGCUCGUUUUUUCAGGUAGAGGCUACUGAUUCCGUGUUAACUCGGAGUAUUUUCUCUUACUGCUGAGGAGUGAGUUAAGGCCUGCAUUGCGGUCACUAGUACUGUAGCCUUUAGACAUUUGCUACUUUCUGUUGCUCUUUUUUUUUUUCCUCCCAAGAAAUUUAUUACUAUAGGAAGGAUUGCAAUGAGGCUUUAAAGUAAUAGCUUUGAUCAGCUGUGGCCUGUGUGACUCUUGGUAAUCUUAAGUGGUGCUGUACUCUGGUAAUCAGUUGUCUCAAUUCUUGAUUAACAAGUAAUCUGAAAGAAUACAUUAAAACCAUUCUAAGUGCCUAAUCAGAUCAACACUUGCUAAAAUGUAUUAACAGUAAUAGGAACAUUAAACUAGAAAUUGCUGCCAACAGGUGAUUAUGUUGUAAGUUUGUUGGUAAUACGAAAUCUGGAAAGAUAUUUUUUAAAAUAGCUUGUUCAGGAUAGCUGCUUAUGAGUUACAAAAAUAAUCAUAACACAGAGUCAGAUUUGUUUAGGAAUAAUACUUGAAGGUUAGCUGAAAUAAUCUAUUGAAUGUCUUGAAAAAUGAGCUGUAAGACUGGAACUUUUCAAUGUAAAAGGUUAAAGCUUGUUGCCCAGUAUUUCUGCAGGGUUUUGUGUAAAUGAUACACACCUGCCAGAGCACAUCAGUAAAUGAACAUGCUCAAUGCCAUUGCCUACCUAUGCCCUUGAAUUUUCAUAAUGAAAUGAGACAGUCCUGAGCCCUUGUAAAAGCUGAUGGAUUUGAUUACAAUAAUAGGAUAGAAAGAAGCAUCCCCAAUGUAAGUAACAUCUAUUAUUUUAUUGAUUAAAACCUGAACAUGUAAUUUUUUAAUGCUAGGUGCUUCUGAAUCACCAUCUAAUGCCCUUGAUUUUUCUUUACCUUUCCUCCUUCCCUUUUCAGCCAAUGCGAAGACAUCCUCUGGUUUUGUCAAGGGCAAGUUUCUGUCAUUUGUACUUUUAAACCCAACCAGAGCCUGAAGGAUAUCCUUUAAGCAAGCUGUACAGUGGGCUGCUUUUACGAGUAUAAUUUAUGUCUUUCUAAAGUCUGCUGUCACCUGCAUGGAUUUCAGAAUAGGAAAAAAACUGUGGAACAAUACUGCGCUUGAUAAAGAGCAAGAGCCAUUUUGGAAAGUAUAAAUUUCUUUAUGUGAUAGGAAAUUAGCUAAAAAGACAUCACUGGCUGUUCUUGAAUUUCUCAACUUAAUGAUCUCACGUGCUAAAGCUUCAGCUAGGUAGCAUCUGUUCUGUGAAUUUACAGCUGAUAGUAGGAAAGCAUUAUCAUCCUUGUCAUGUUUUUCACUAUUUCAGAAAAAGCAAAGUGUAUUUAAUUAUUGGAAUAAGUGAAAUAGUACACUGGGGGUAUCUGGCAAGGUGGUCAUGUUGAACAGAGCAGCUGAAGAUCUUGUUAAAGUUUUGUGCUGAUAGGAAACCAAGGGGUAGCCUCCUAAGAAAUACUUUCUCAAAAUCUUUCAGAACUGGUCUUAAACUAGUCCAAAGGACUCUUCUGGAUUGCCUGCAGCAACUGAAACUGUUCUAGCUUUUGUUUACUUGGGGAAACAGCUGCUAAGUCAAUUUUAGGCUCUUUUUUUUUGUCCUUACUAACUUCCCAAACCUAAUGAUUUACUUCUUGUAAUUGCUUUUUGUAUUUAGGGGUCUGAGACUAUAUUUUGCAAUUUAUGGUAAUAUGUCAGUACCUUAAUUUAACUUAUUUAAACAACAAGCUGUGUUCUGGUGGACUUCUAGGAGGUGUCUUUAAUAUCACAGUGUAAGUGGGGAGGAAAAUUAUCUGUACGGUGGCAAGAUUCUCCUUUUACUGUGCAUGGCCUUGCUGUAUGCAUCCCGUGGGGCAAGAGGCUGUUUUUGUCACAGAGCUGGUGUAAUUGCUGCCCCUUGCUGCCUUUGGGGUGUGGAAGUGUGGCUGGGAUGUUGCCUAUCUUCAGGUGAAGUCUCGAACCAGAAAGGUCUCAAGGCUGAGAAUUUACCCACCCAAAACCCUGUCGAACUAAAAGAUGCUGGGCAUACCUUGCUGCAUAAUACUGCUUUCUGGCCUCAGUUUUUUUGUCAUUUGCUCUUACCAGCAGGACUCAGGUUUCACUCUUGCCCCAAAUUUACUUCUGAAUCCAAUGCUUUUGCUGCUGUAGGUUGGAGGAAGUCCAUGCAAACUUGAGCUUGAUCUUCCUGUGCACUGGCUUCUUGUACAUCUUAGCAUCCUUCAAUGCCACUCAGUGUAUGUGGGGAGAGUGCUUAAUAGAUGAUGAAAUGACUUUUCAUCAAGCUUGUAAAACCGUAGUGUCUGCAGGUUAAAGAUCACCUGAGCAGCUGUAAACAAUCCUCUAUGUAGAACACGUGUAGCACGCUCCCGUGUACGUUGUUAUUUGUGGCUCAAAGCCUGCCUUUUGGUCCAUGGGGGGAAGCCCCUAUUCCCAGCUACCUCAUUUUUUUUUGCACUUUGUCAAAUAUUUUUUUUUUUAAUUACAUUUUGUCCUUCAAUAAAAAAUAAAACCAGACAAGAAGCAGGGCAGAAUGAUGCCAUUGUCCAAGGACAGUUUACUUUAAUUUCAUUUUAAAUGCAUGUUUCUGUACAAAAAGACCAAGGUUGACCUGCAGCUGCUGUAAAAGUAAAUAGAAAAUUAUAUUACUUGAAAGUAACUGUUAUACUUGUAAAUGAGCAAGCAAUUGAAAGACUGUCCUGGUGAUUUUUAAAUAGGAAAAAAUCUAAAAUGUAGAGGUCUACUUUUUAAAGACAGAUCAGAUGUUUUUUUUCUCUGCUUCUACUCCGCACUGUUUUGCCUGUGAACUUGAUCCAUUUUCUCAAUAGAGAGAUUCACUGAUUUAUCUGUAAGGUCAAAUUUGGACUUUCUUACAUGCAAUUCCCUAUUUACUGUCCAAAUAAAUGAGAAAAAGUGUCCAAAUAAACACACAUUUUCUGCACCUGAGAUUGUAUUUUUGUCCUUUUCUUUAGGACCUUCAAGUAUGCAGGUUUUUGAUCAGUUUAAAGAAUUAAAAAAAUAAAAAUGCUUUUUUCUGAUUCUAAAGGUGCUAUUUUGACAUGUUUUUGAAUUCCUUACACUGUGCUUGACUUCUUAAAGUAUCAAUGUGAGCUGAUAAUCAGCUCGUGGUUGUUCUGGUUUUUGUUUUGCGUAUUCAGUCCUUCAAAAAAAAAAAAAAUCCCUUUUCGUAGACAGCUUCCUAAUGGCCUUAAUAAUAAUAAUAAUAAAAAAAAAAAUGUAAUGGGGAAAAAUGCUGCCUUUUUUCUGCCUUUGUAAAGGCAACAACAACAACAACAAAAAAGAAACGCUUCACAGGGAAAUCUUCCUCUAAAAUUUUAAGUAGCAGCUCAUACUAACUUUGAAUUGAAUGUAGCAAAUAUUGUACUGGCUGCGCACAAAUAGUAGGGAUAAAACAAGGAGCUAUUCAUGUCCCUGCAGGCCGUACCAAUUAGCUACUAAUUCCAGAGCCUUCUAUUGGCAUCAUGGUGGCUAUUCAGUAAAUAUUAAUCUUCUUGGGCUAGAUCCCAGGACCUGGCUGUGUUGUUCCCAGUUUGGGACAUGCUGACCUACGCGGCUGUUGGAGCAUCUGGAUGUUGUUGGGCCAGGCCUGAGUUAGGAUUUUUGCCUCAAAUUUCAUGUGCUCAACCCUCAUUUGUGGCAAGCAAAUGGCUGGCGAGGUCUUUGUCACUCAGGAGGGCUCAACCAGGGUCAGGAGGUAGGAGAGGAGCCACCGAAUGCUGCCAUGGGGUGGCCAUCGAGUGGCCCCAGCCUGGCGGUCUGAGGAGGAGGCUCUUGUAGAUGCAAGCUGUGGAGGAAAGAGCCGAAUUUUAGUCCUGGGUAGGAACCUUGUUGUUGCCCUUGUUGUGGUGUCUGUAUUUUUGUUUAAUCCUUAUCAUCAGCUCAGCUUCGUGAUUUGAUGCCUUCACGUUGCUGAAAGAUUUUGGUUUUGUGGAGGUCAGAAAACUGCGCACCUGCCCUGUCAGAAGCAGCAGGAAGAAUUGGGGGGGAUCUCUGUGAACCUGGCCCAUCUUCAGAUGUGAAGUUCCUUGCCUUUUCACAGGCUUCACAGUCCUGUGGAUGUAACGUUUCUUAGUUGUUAAUUUAAAAGCCUUUUAACUCCUGAAAAGUCGAGAGAGAGCCUCAUGUCGGGCACUGCACUCCAGGCCACCCCAGCUUGCCCAGGCUGUCCUUGUCCAGGAGCCGCGGGCCGGCAGCCUUCGUGAGGAGCUGCUGCGUUCCCUGCAGCACACAGGGAAACAGCCAGAAAACAAGAGACCACAGGGAGCCCUACUGAGCCUACACACCCCCGAUCCCCUUAUUUUAGGGAAGGCUGACGAGGAGCACCAUCGCCAGGCCUGAACGUGGCCUGUGCACAGCCUGAGCCUUGCAGCUGCUCCCCAGCAACAGGGAUGAGGAGAUGUCCCUGCUGCCCAUAAUGUUUGCGGGCUGACUGUUAUCUGAGACCCAAUGUGGUGUUUUACUGUACUUACAUCCAAUGUGUUGGUCUAGUGUACUUAAAUCUGGAAGUGUUGGAGGCUCCGGAACCACUUCUGCAGGGUGGAACGAGUGUAGGCCUAACUAUCCGGGGAGCUCCUGGCUGCCUGGUUUUCCACCCUCUUUUUUGUUUUUCUGUAGUAAACAGAAAUGUAUAGUUGCCUCCCAGUUUGCUUACUUAAUGUUUAGUAAUCUGAAGUUGGAGCCUGACAAUUUGAGAUUUUUCUUUUGAAGGCAAAAUUUAAGUAAAAUUUAUUCAAAUUAGAUGCUCUACCUUCAGAGUUCCUCUCUGUAAACUUUGUGUAUUGAGUACCAUGAAUCCUGCAGGGUUGGACUAAAGAAUUAAAAUCCGUAUGUGAAUGAUGGCUAACAUACUUAGUAUAAAUCUUCUAUUAUAGCAUAAGAAAACAAAAUAACAACUGCCUUGAUUAACAAAGUCAUGAUACCAGUAUUCCGUGAGCCAAGCAGUAGGAGGGUGUUGGGAUGUCAUGCCUUUCCUGAGCAUAUUGUUACCGCUCUCGUGAAGGAAGGCUCAGCCUUCUGUCAAAUCUAAGGUACUGGUGAUUGUCAGGAUAAUGUCAGAAUAUAUCGUCACCUUUUCUACACAAAUACGUCAGUGUGAUACGGUAGAAACACUCACCUGGUCAUGUUUACCAUCACUGCUAUGCAGCUUGACAGCUCGGUUUACUCCCAUCAUCCAGCUGUCAUGCUUCGACUUCUGCAUUACAGAUGUGCUUACUGUUUCAGGCUUUUUAUAUGCAUACGUUUUCUGUGUGUCUUUCUGUUCUGUGUGGGAAUGGAGUUUUUGCUUUUUUUUUCACUGAGGGCCAGGCCUUGGAACGCUCUGUCCUAACAGUGUAAAGUCUUUUCUUAAAGAGUGAAAAAUAAGAUGCAAGCACUCUGUCUUCAAUCAAACUAUGCAAUAUAGAGCUUCAGAGCUGGAUUCCUUAUGCUACUGAAGAUACACAGCUCUUGUGUCCUUCCUAAUCCAGUCCUUGGUCCAAGGUUAGGAGAACUUGUACUAAAUGGCUGCCCAGGAAUCUUGUAUCUAGCUCUUGUUCACUGGUUUUCCUUCUCCUUCCCCUGCCUCCUCUGUCCAGAUGUUAGGUGUUUUGUGUCUGAACUAAGUGGUGUCAAAGUGUAUCCCUCCUGUCAGUGCCAUGUUGUUGCUGGUUGGAGCUUGUCUUGUAAAUCCACCAGUGCAGUUUACCCACUGGGGUAAGUCAGGGGCCACUUCACAGCGUUUGCAUCUCUUUGCUCUAGAGUGCUUUAGGCAUUUGGGGCGGGCUGUGCCCCUCCAGGUAGGUCUAGGUCUUGCUUAUGUCCCCGUGAUCAGUUGUGGGUCUGGUGCUUACAGCGAUGCGUAACUGUGAUGUCUCAAAUCCAGUCUAAGUUUUCAUUUCCACUGCUUGUGCGUGUGUACACGUGUUUGAUUUUGCUGCUUCCAUUGCAAUUCAGGGAUAAAUGCCCAUGUGGUCAGGACAGUUGUUAAAGAUUCUUUGUUCUCCCGUUGCAUCAUUUUUCCAGUGAAGUUUGUUCCCUGUGUUCCUCUUCAUGCCCCUACUAGAUACCAUUAACAUCAGUACACUUUUUCCCCCCAGGUCUACGUCCUGUGAGUUGCCCUUCUCUACCCGUUUAUCAUGUCUUCUCACAUUAUAAUGCCUUCUUCUGAGUAGUUUACUUAUAUUUGUCAUUUAAUUAACCCACUGUGUACCUCAUACUGCUGCUCCUUCCUAACUCCACGUCCUAGUUUGUCUUUCUUUUAAUUCAGGUUAACCUUUAUUUAUUUCCCUGAUUUCAAAAGAUUUCAGUGUAUGCACAGGAGAGAAAUGGCAAAUUUCUCUUCAGAUGUCUGUGUCUAUUCCCUCCCUGGCACAUACAGUGUAAGGGGUUCAGACUUCUCCAUCCCUAAGCCCAGGCUUUUCAUAGCAUUAGGCAGAACAAAGUCUGAAGGUGUUUUUUUUUUUAAUUUCUUUUGGUAAUUGACAAUAUUUGGAGAUUUUCUUCUUCAGAAGUAGCCAAUGCAGAUGAGCAGUUGGCCUGCAAGAAGUUUGUUAUGCUUCCAUAUUCAGUAUUUUUAAUUGAGAAGCAAAUUAUUUAUUUUGGGGAGAAAUGUAAAUUUUUUUGUAUUUGUAUGUCAAAGUGGCCUUUAUAGGAAAAGCACAUAAAAUAUUUAGAUUAAAAUUGCUUAGUUGUGUAAUUUUAGUGGGGAUUUUUAUAUUGACAGGGUUUCUAUGCAUUUUUCAAACUAUACUUACUGUUUUGUGUUUAAAUUAUUGGAAAUAUUUUUAAAACAUAUAUUACCACAUUUUCCAUGGCAGAUCCCUUUACUAUCAUUCCUUUUGAAUACUACAAAGAUUUAUUUAACCCUGUAAAUUAAUUUUCCCCCACAAAUAUUUGCAUUAAGUCAGUAUGAUGAGUUACAACAUGGGUGUGUAGCUUUAAGGGAAUAAUCUUCGUAGCAUAGCUUAAUUAUGGAGAGACUUUUUUGAGAAGGGCAGUACACAGUGUUUCAAUUGCACUUAAAAGACGAAGUUAGCAAAUAAAGUUCUUGCUGUACCUCACUAGUUUUUUCAUUUUUUUCCAUCCUAUAUUGUUUACACAGUCAUUGUUAAAUAUGUGCUAUUUAUGCAGUAUGCAAUUCUCCUUCAUUUGUUGGGAUAAUAUGUUAAUGGAUAGGGAAAACUUCAGAACGUGUACGGUAUCCUUCUGGAUAUGAUGCGAGUUUGGGGGAGGGAGGAGAGAGAAGCUAGAUCCAUUAUUCUAUUCUUUCCAUUUAAUUGUGUACACAUUUUCACGUUAACUGAAACUAAAUUAAUAGAGCUUUCUAUUGAAUUGUAAGUAAAAUUAGUGUUUUAAGGCGAGGGGAGGGCGGGGGACAAAGAAGGGGCUUACAGAACUGUGGGCAAAACUACCCUCUGAGUUGCACUACAGUGUUUGUGCAAUUGCCUUGACUGUCUAUGCAAAGUAUAACCCGAGUUGGAUACAUCAGACCCUUCCAUUAUUGCUCUGAUUUUACUUUCUGUUCUCAAGGUGUUAUCGUAAGGCUUGCUGAGUGGAAACUUCCAAGGAAUGUUUGUCAACCAAUGCUUCAGUUUUAUCCUUUCAUGUAUGCAAUUUAUUUUUUGCUGUUGUUUCAGUUUGAUAAGAAAUCCCACGUCGUUCAUAGGUUAGCGUUAAGUGCAAGCUUUUAGGGCUAGUAACAAAUGAACGUUGCGUGCUACCACGUAUCCUCAGAACUGAAGAAAAAUGUGCAAUUUUAAUGGCACUUUGACCUGUUGUUGAAACACUGGGUUUUGCAAUGGAACAAACUCUCAACAAUUGAAAACACUCUGUCUAUAUUAGAUGUCUUGAAAGUGAAGAAAAAGGCAGUUACUCAAAUUGUACCCACAGAUAAUUUGGUACUGAUUUUAUUUUUAAGAGCUUUAUGAUCUGUUAUUAGAAAAAUACAUGUUUCUUGGUUUACUUUAGUUGCCAUAAGUUGCCCAGUGCAGAGUCUGGUCCACCUCCAUCCAUUUAUUUUCAUGGAGUAGUCGCACAUAAAAUUGUAACAGCAAAGCAGAGAAACUGUUGGGUUCCUUACCGGUAACCUUUCUUGCAGAAUUGCUUUGUGGCUCGCACAUGAUACAAAAAGGGACGUGAGAAUUUUACUGGAUUAAGUAGCACUUGCUUUGUUUACGUGUUCGGUAUAACGUUGGGUGACUAAAGGGAGGUUCCCUUUUUAAAGUAUUUGAAUUGUGCUUUGGGGACUUAGUUGCCACUGUGCAAAUUGUGCUGUAAUAUUGUACCAAGGAUCAGUGAAAGUGUUUUAUCUUUUUUAAUGUUGUUUGUAUUUGAUCGGGUUUUAUAAAUGUAAGAAAACAGAGUGUUGUAUUUUGAUCUGAAAUUUGCGUAUGGUAAAGUAACUUUGCUUUAUGUAUUGGAGGUUUGUUCAGAACUUGAAUUAUUUUAUAGAAGGGUACAGACCAAAAUUAAUUGUCUUAAAGGUGUUUAAUAAACUAACCAAAUAAAACAUUGAUGG